UUGUUAUCUGUUCUUUAUAUCCUCAUGUCCAAUUCAUACAACUUCUUCUACUCAGCCCCCAAGGUAGAGCUCCACAUCCACUUCGAUGGUGCCUUCGACAUGGACUUCCUCUACCAAAUCGCCAAGCGUGACCUCGACCAGCUGCCCGAGACCGUCCCCGCUCCCUGGAACGGUCCUGAUGCUACCGUUACCGUCCGGUCUGCUAUAGCGGCUUGCAAGUGCAAGGAGGACUUCGAGAAGAUUACCUGCCUUAGUCCCGAGGCUGUUGUUGCUAAGCGACUUCAGAACGGCGGCCAGAAGGGUGCCGGGCUGGCUUGUAUGCUCGACUGCUUCGCCGUCUUCACUCCUGUCGUACAAGGCAAAAGGGACGUUAUCGAGGAGAUGGCUUUUAAGGUCUGCGAACGUCAGUACCGUGAGAACGUCGUCUAUACUGAACUCCGUUACAACCCGCAUGUCCUCACUAAGGAGGGUUCCUCUCUAUCCGACGCCCGAAGUGUCGUUGAGGCUGUUACUGCUGGUAUCGAGCACGGCAAGGAGGUCUUUGGUAUCGACAUGAAUCAGAUCCUCUGUUGUAUGAAUCUGAUGCCCGAGGUCAGUGAUGAGGUCGCCGAUCUCGCUAUUGAGUUUAAGUCCAAGGGUGUUGUCGCUAUUGACGUCGCUGCUGGUGAGACGCACUUUGAGAAUGAGGACCUCAAGAAAGCUCACGUAGCCGCCUGCUUGAAAGCUGAGGAGGCCGGUCUUCGUGUCACCGUCCACGGCGCUGAGGACGGCUCGUCGACGAACUUCUGUUGUGCUGUUCGAGAGUACCAUGCAGAACGCGUGGGUCACGCCUACAAGAUCGCUGCCGACUCUGCGAUGUAUAAGAUGGCUGAGGACACCCACACGCACAUUGAGGCCUGUCCUACUUCUAGUAUCUGCACGGAGGCUGUCUGUCUACCCCAAGUGCAUCCAGAGAAGCCAAUUCUGGACAGUUUAGACUGGAACAAGCAUCCCAUCAAGAAGUUCAUCGAGGAUGGUCUUAGUGUCAGCAUCAGCACUGACGACCCGACGGUGUUUUUGACUCACAUCACUGACGAGUUGACUAUUCUCGCUGAUCGGUUUGGUCUUGAUGCCCAUAAGGUUGGUUUGGCGGUUACUAUGAAUGCUAUAGAGCGCUGUUGGGCUUCGGUGAAAGAGAAAUCUCAUUAUCGCGAGGUGACUUUGAAGUAUUACGAAGGAGAGGCGUCCACGGUUGAGGAGAAUAGCGAUUGAGUUUAUUACAUAUUCCUACUUGGAGGGAAUUUCUGUUCAUACUGUAUACGAGCUGCUGAGUUUAUCGACGA